GGGUAUGUAAUUUUAUAAUUAGCUGGGCCGAACAGUGAAUAACACUGCCUCUUCCAUAACAAAAAAAACUAAAGCGCGAUUUGACGACCGGAAGGACACGUUCCCGCCGCCGUCGCAACGUUCCACUCGUCGGCACAGCAAACAGCUCCGCCAUGGCUAUUGCAGGACACUCCAACGGCUAUACUACGACGGCUUUAGCCUUUACACUCGCCGUAGUAUCUGUAUCCGCAGCAGUCUCGUUGUAUAGAUGGAGAAGACGAGGAGAAGAAUUGGAGUAUAGGAUCAAAGAACUUGAGAAGUCUUUGGGAUCUACCAUGGAGAAAAGUGCUUCUGAGAGAAAAGGUCGAGUUAAGGCUCAGCAGGCUUUACGAGAGGCGUUAGCACAGACUGAGUCACAAGAUUUACACAGCAAGAUAUACCCGAUGCGACCAAUUGGUACUAUUCAGUCUUGCUUCUCUACAAGGAACGGGACACCAAGGCAGCCAUUGCUUGUUUCUUUAGCAAGGGCAUGUUUAAUCUUUGAUCCGGCUUUGGUUCCUCCUGCAUCUCUUGAGGGUCUCGAAGAGUAUUCUCACUGUUGGAUACUAUAUGUGUUUCAUCUCAACACUGAUAUCGAGAAGCUAUGGAGAAAGCCAUCCCAGUCUAAGCUCAAGGCAAAGGUGAGAGUGCCAAGACUUAAUGGGGAACGGAAGGGAGUCUUUGCUACUCGGUCCCCUCAUCGACCUUGUCCCAUUGGGCUCACUGUUGCUAAGGUGGAGGAAAUCCAAAAGGACAAGGUUCUGCUCUCUGGUGUCGAUCUGGUGGAUGGGACUCCGGUGCUCGAUAUUAAGCCUUAUCUACCAUACUCAGACAGUAUUCAAGGAGCCUCAGUGCCAAACUGGGUAAAGGAGGAUUGCCAACUGGCUGUGACUUCUGUGAGUUUCUCAGACACCUUCUCUUCCUCCAUCGCCACCUGCUGGAAACUGAUAGAAAAGAAGUCUCUGUAUGGUUCAGCGGAUGAGCUGAAGAGCUUGAUUACACAGGUCCUGUCCUGGGACAUACGAUCAAUGUCACAGCGGAACAAGCCACAAGAUACAUCAGAUGCCGAGAUUGUUUAUCAAUUGGUUCUGGAGGGACUAGAUGUGUCUUACAUGAUAGAUAAUGAAAGUAAUAUUCUUGUUCAAGAUGUUUCUCGUCCCCCAAACCUGCAAGAUGUUGCAGAAAGCUGAUUUUGUAAAGAUUUAUUGGAUCCUCUGGACAUGAAAUCUCAAGAAGGCUAGCACCCACCAUCUCUUUCAUUGAAUACUGUAAUAUGUAGUAUGACCUGGAUUAGAGUUGUACGCUAGACAUGGCACAUCACUGAAUAUUAAGUUUCCAACUAUGCUGGCAAGACA